GAAGGACAGAGGAAGGAGGGAAAGACUUGAAGCUACCGGGCAAGGGAAAAUAAAUAAAAAUAUCGCUUGUAGUCAUUGGUGGUGGUUGAGUAAGGGAAAAAGGGAGCACAUGAGGACAAAGGGAAGUAAUGAAGGACUAAGGGAAGGCUGGAAGGACAGAGGAAGGAGGGAAGGACUUGAAGCUGUCUCCGUGGGCCCUGUUGGCGAGUGGGUGGGUGAGGUCCUCAGUCCACACCCUCACCCACCCAGCUUGCCAUUGAGUCAGUAGCUUGCCUGAGCCCGUAGAGGUGGGAGUGCCUCCGCUCUCUCUCCCUCCCUCACUGGCUCUCCCUCCCUCACACAAACACACACUGCCUCUCCCUCUCUCUCACUCACACCCCGUCCCUCGGCCCCAUCCUUCGCCUCAUGCCACGCCUCAUCUCGCCCAGAAGUGUUCAUGCGUGAGGCGGGGUGAGUGUUGAGACCAAGCGAACUGACCAGAAAAUAAGAGAAACUGCCACCUUGAGAAUCGUGUUAUAUUGGCGGGUGGUGAUGAUCUUGUUGUGAUGUUGUGGUGUGUGUGACGCCCUGGCCCUCCUCACCCUGGCCCUGGCUCUACCUCUGGCACUCUAGGCCCUGUUCGUUACCUACCCUCCUCUCUCCCCUCUCGUCCCUACCUCCCCUACCCUCUCACGCAACACUAUACCACCGAGAACCUGUGGAGUGUUGUGUAUGUGUUGACUAAGAUAUACUAAAGUGUGUGGCAGUGCUCACCCGCCCACUCACCCACCCACCCACCCACUCACCCACUCAACACCCCCUGACACCCCCUCCAUCCACGCCCACUCCACCCCUCCACCCAACCACCACCGCAUUAAACAGACGCAGCAACACACCCGCCUGCCCAUACCCCCUCUCCCUCCCCUCCACACACACAAACACACACAGACACACAGACACACUGGGUGAUAUCCGUACCAUCAUGCUGUGCUGUGCUGUGCUGUGAUGUGCUGUGAUGUGCUGUAAACUUCCGAUUUGACCGUAGAGUUGAACUUAAACCACUUGUGUGUGUGUGAAUAAACCUCCCCCUUUUGGAAACCCCUUUAAACCACCACCACCACCACCACCACCACCACCACUACCACUUUUGACUAGUCCUCUUCCACUCUGCCUUUGAUUUUUGAGGGAGAGUCAGUGUGUGGCUCCCCGCGUACGUAGCUCUCCUUGGUAGUGUGUAACCGGCACCCUGUAUUCUACUACUAGCUGGCCAGUGUGUGAGUGUGUGCCGUAGUGCUUGUGCCGCCAAAAACAGACACACACGCACGCACACACACGCACACAAACACACACACUCCUGACGUAGUUGCUUGUAGCCCCCAGGAACGCCGCUACUCAAGCAGGAUGGACAGAAGGGACCUUGAGAGAUCCUAGCAACCCCACCCCUUCAUCCCUUCACUCCACACACACACACGCCCAUCCCUCCCACCCCUGACACUCAAUCACUCACUCACUCACUCACUCCUCUCGUAACUCCCUCAUUCCACACACUCAUCCACACGCUUUACAAGGAACUUCAGUCCACCCACUGCACUCCGCCCCCCUCCACUACGUCGCCCCCUCACCGCCUAGCACGCUUGCAAGAACUUUUGCUACAAUAAAACUGCCACCAAAAACAAGAUGGUGAAGAUGCAGGCGGUGCAGUCGGCGCUCGCCAUCCGGCGGCAGCGGUCCCGGCGGGAGGACCAGCGGCGGGCCAAAGAGCGGCGGGCCAGCGGAGUCUCGCUGUCUACGCCUCGGCCCUCCGUGGUCACACUGGAUGGCCGCGUCUACUUCAACGAGGAGCGGGAGAACAAGCGGCUGCUGGGUCAGGUGACGAUGUUCCAUGUCGGAUCCGUCUUCAUCGUGAUCGGCCUCAUGCUUACCAUCACCUCACUGGUGCCCGGCUACGUCCGGAGCACCACGCCAGAGCGACGCAACGACCUGCUCGGCACCGGCUGCUUCUGCGUGUUCCUCGGCGGCGUGCUCACCACCAUCAGUCGCUUCGUCUCCAACAAUGAGGAGAAGGAGCUCAACAAGUACAUUAAGGGUCGCCUCGCGCGCUCCAAGUCCGGCCACAGGCUCGUGCGGGACGCGGAGAGCGGCCUUUCCACGCCCACACGCGAGCGGCGCAACAAGCCCAAUCAAAACGGUGUGGCCGUCCACUCGCCGGCCAAAACCGCCAAUAGUUGCAACAAGACACCCACCAAGAAGGCGCCCGAGGCCAAGACACAGUCCUCGACCUCCACCUCCAAGAUGGAGCCUGAGGCCACCAGCAGCGCGUCGCCUACCGAUGAAGCGGCCGCCAUGGCUGCCUCGGCCUCCAUGGAGCCCGUGCUCUCCCGCAUCCUGGAGGAGGAUGAAAAUGAUGGAGAAGCAACAACUGAGCCAAUCGACACCACGCCGGAGUCCUCUCUGACACCCACGUCCCCCCUGGAGACUCAGGGUCUUCUGGAGCGCCAUCACUCCACGCCAAGGAAGGGCUCCAAGUCCUCGUCCAAGAGCUCCAGCAAAAGCUCUCGACAUUCCGGGGUGUAGAGACUGAAAAGCGGACAGUGAAGACCUCCUCGGCGCAAAUAGUCUGCGUGUGAAUCCCGUGACCUCGAGGACAGGCGGCUAGCGGAGGCAGGCGGCCUCGCCCUCAGCCAGGCUAGCCAAGCGGCGCCUCACAGAUCAUGCUCCAUCGCGGCGAGCUUACUGUUGAACAUUUCCCGUGUGUCCCUCGUGAAGACUCCGCGCGGCGCCGAUCCGUCAGCAACACCGCGCUCUGCCAUGGCCAGUGACCCGCCAUCAUCUCGAGCCUGCCACCCCCACCCUCCCUCACCCAACCCACCGCCCGUCCCUGUACCAGCUCCUCCCGCACCACCACAACCGCUGCG